AUGUCCAUACUUCAGGCUCGCAUUCACGAUGAGAGCUUAAAAUAUGUACUCUCAGACCAGGCAAUUGUUGCUUUGGCAAGUCAGCCUUCGGCAAGUCAAUCUGAAAUACAAAACACUAUAGCUCAGGCUGAUGUCAAUAUGGAAAUGGGUGUGAACUCUUUCAUCAUUUCCCCAUCUCCUGUUGUUUCCAGUCACCUGAGUGAUAUCUAUCAUCUGCUUGCAAACAAGUUGGUCAAUGACGAUGAUAUUUAUUCAGUAAUUCUUCAGAAGUGUAUAGGUCAAAAUGGGAGUUGUCCACUUUCUAUAUUUAAUUAUGCUUUGUUGAUAAACAGUAACCUAAGACCUAAUUCAGCCCAUAAACAACUGGGCCCAAAAAAUCCUAAACAUUAUUCUCGGAAGGCUUCACGAGAUUUGUUUGUUCAAAAAUUCUCUUGUAAAUCUCCCGUAUAUCACAAUUGCCGGAUAUUUGCUAAUGAUGGGAGACUGCUUUGUUAUUGUGACGAGAAGAAGCUUAAAUGGUAUCUUAGUCGGGAUCUUGCAAAACUUGUUGACGAGGAUCCCCCAGCUAUAAUGCUUCUUUUUGAACCCAAAGGCCGCCCAGAGGACGAAGAUAAUGACUUCUAUAUCCAAAGCAAGAAAAAUAUAUGUGUUGGGUGUGGUGAAGGAAAUCACUACUUACGGUAUAGAAUAAUCCCAUCAUGUUACAGAAUACAUUUCCCGGAGCAUUUGAAAAGCCAUCGUUCUCAUGACAUUGUCCUACUUUGCGUGGAUUGCCAUGAGGUUGCACAUGCUGCUGCAGAAAAGUAUAAGAGGAAAAUAGCUGUUGAAUUUGGUAUCCCUCUUUAUCUUCGGAGGGUAGUUCAUCCAGGUCAAAAGGCUGAAAAACAAAUUGAAGAGAGUGGUGUCUCUCCAUUACAGUUACGAACAGCUGCUAUGGCUCUUCUACGCCAUGGCCCAAGAAUGCCUGCCAAUCGCCGAGAAGAGCUGACUGAGAUUAUAAAGAAAUAUUAUGGAGGAAGGGACAUAUCUGACAAAGAUCUAGAAAGAGCUUUGCAAGUUGGCAUGACUCCUCACGAGAGAAGACGAUUUGAGAAGAAGAGAGGGUUUUCUUUUAAACAUUCCACUGGGAGUACUGCUACAGUGCCUGAACAGAAUAAACAUGUUGGUUGCUCACCCAGAAUGAGUAAUAUAGAUGACUUUAAAGUUGUUACUCAUGAUGGCUCAUCUGCAAAUGAAGUAGAUACAGAACUUUUCAUGGAAAAAGAUGAUUUUAGAAACUCCACUAAAGCUUCUAAUAUUACAGUUAAUGGAGCUGCCCCAUCAAUUUUGAAUAAAAGUGGGAUUACUGUUGAAACUACAGAUUGCAAUGAAGACAGUGAUUCUGCUGUAAAUGUUGAUAGCAGCUGUCUGAGCAGAAGGCAAACAAAUGGACUUGGUUACUUGUCCUGUUCCCCCAAUGAUGAAAAAUAUAUACAAAUCGAACAUAAUGCAAAACUCUCUCUCUUGGGACAUGGACCACAUGGGAAACAAGUUGUAGAACAUUUACUGAGGGAGUAUGGUGAAGAUGGCGUUCGAGAAUUUUGUCAGAGAUGGAGACAAGUAUUUGUGGACGCUGUAAAACCACGUUUUCUUCCUGGUGGUUGGGAUGUAAAACACAGUGGGAGAAGGGACUUCGGGGAGUUCAGUGUAUACAAACCUGACAAGAGAGCAGCUUCUGCUACUGGAGAGUAA